GGGUGCGUGAGAAACGUGAGCAAGAUUUUUCCCCAGCUAGGCUGAAGAUUUAUAUGAUUCUGACAAGUCUUUUCAAGUACUUGUUUCUCCUACUACAACCUUUUAAUUGUAGUCGCGAUUUCCUGGGGAACGUUUAAUUUUUUCUUGUUCUCCAGAUACUUGAUCAUCUUUUCAUCGUUCUUCUAAAAACUUACAGUCAUGUCUCAAAGGGACUACAAAACGACAAAUUUGUCCAGCACUCUUUUAAAUUUGAAGUUCAUGAAAAAAAGCAAAGAAAAAUGUGAAAACGAUGCUGAAGAAGAAAAACGGAAAAUUCUUUUCGACAGUGAAAUUCCGGAUGAUCUCAUUAGAGGAGGGGAUUUGUGCAUAAUGGAACCCAGUUUUGUUCCCUGCUUGCAAUUAUGGAAUGGAAGACUUUCUUUCAAAGGAAUGAAUCCUGAAAUUGAGAAAUUAAUGGUUGAGGAUGAAAUGAAAGACAUGGACAAAUUCAAGAAAAUGGAUGGAGUUUCAGACAGUGAGAUGGUACAAAGAUAUACUUCACUAAUUGGCACUGUGCAAAAAAAAUUCACACCAAAACGCAAAAGAAAUGUUGAGCCUGAAGAUGAUGUCAUCUGUUGUUCAACCCCUGAAGCAGCGUCUUUCAAAAAUAAAGACAAGCGCCCAAAAUUUAGGAAGCCUCAAGAAAAUUUUUAGCAAUGUUUCGUAAGACUAAUAUGUAGUUACAUUUUGUACAUAUUAUUGGUUGAUUUUUUAUUUAUAAAAAUAA